AUUGUCGAGAUGCCUUGUUGAAUAGUCAACUUUUCAUUUGUAACCGCUAGUAGCUUAACUGAAAACUUCAUCUGCAGCCUAAUAAAAGAAUGCCACAAAAUCCACCUUAGUAGGCUACUGCAGAUUAAAUCAUGCAAUACCCAACAGAUUUAGUUUUGCACACUCUACAAAGAUCGAGCGAUGACAAUGUGAAAUACUGACUUAACUCUAGUCGAUGAGAUUCAGUGUCAGUGUGCAAUAUAGCCUAAGGGAGGUAUCAUGUGGGUGUGGGGUGAGGGAUAGGGGCGUUUAAAGCGUUCAUAUUUCCUCCCCUUAAAUUAUGGUUGUAGACGUAGGGCUGACACAUCGGUUGGGACAGGUAGGCUACACGGACAUUUCGGUGCGAGAGUAAGACGCCCUGCAGAGUCAGCGCUAACGCGGACGAUGAGAAUUUAGUGAAGCAAUCCCGGGCGUUAAAAAAGAUGAGGAUGAUGUCACUGAGUCUGGAAAAUAAUAAAUAAUGCAGCCAAAAACGAAAUGGAAAGAACCCGCGUCACUGGUGGUGUUGGCAUUCGUCCAACGUUAAAUCAAGUUCUAUAAUUUCCACGACUGGGUCCUGUAGCGCUCUUUACAGUCCGCGGGCUUCCAUUCACUGUGACUUCUCCAUCCUGUUGAACAAGUGCUUGGGGAAUUUAUUGUGAUAGUCAUCCAACCAGAGGAUCGUCCUUGGGUAAAUGAUCCUGAACUUUCACUUUACCUAUAAAAAGGAAUUUCGAGUUUACUCUUGCAGGUGAAUAGGCCUACUGGGAUGGACAUGUUCUCGAUAGCGGCUGCCGUUCUGUGUCUGUGGAUAGGUGCUGGGGUCGUGGUGUGCGGUGCCCCUUGUGAGCCGGUCAAUAUCCCAAUGUGCAAGAAUAUGCCUUGGAACAUAACCCGAAUGCCCAAUCACCUUCACCACAGCACCCAAGAGAAUGCAGUCCUCGCGAUCGAGCAAUACGAAGAGCUGGUAGACAUCAACUGUAGCCCUGUGUUGCGUUUCUUCUUAUGUGCAAUGUACGCUCCAAUCUGCACCCUCGAAUUCCUCCACGACCCAAUCAAACCUUGCAAGUCGGUUUGUCAGAGAGCUAGGGACGGCUGCGAACCCAUUAUGAGGCGCUAUAACCACAGCUGGCCGGAAAGCCUUGCGUGCGACGACUUACCUGUAUAUGAUCGAGGGGUCUGCAUCUCUCCUGAAGCCAUUGUUACUGAUUUACCCGAAGAUGCUAAAUGGGUUGAUUUUUCACGUGAUGUUGUGCUGGAAAAACCACAACCAUCAGAUUGCAAAAGCUGGAAUUCCGAUCGCUGCAGGUGCCGUAAAAUAAAACCAACGCUUACAACAUACAUUGAAAAGAAGUACAAUUAUGUUAUUCAUGCAAAAGUUAAAGGUGCAAGCCGGACUAGCUGCCAGGAGAUAACCACCGUUGUGGAAGUGAGGGAAGCGUUCAAGUCUUCCACCCCGAUCCCAAGAGCACAUGUUCCUUUGAUAACCAAUUCCUCGUGCAACUGCCCGCAUCUCCCACUUAACCAAGAAGUGAUUAUCAUGUGCUAUGAGUGGCGCUCAAGGCUGAUGCUGCUCGACGGGUGUCUUGUGGAAAGAUGGAAAGACCAACUGGUGAAGAGAUACAAGCGCUGGGAACAACGCUUGCAAGAGCAGCAGCAGAGGAGCCCCAGACUGAACCCCAAGGGUUCGAGCGCAACCACGGGGACCUCCAGGAAAACCACCAGAAGCAAGAACACGCAGAGGGAUGGCCGACAGAGGAAGGCUUGACCGUUCCCUCCCUCCCUUUCUCGCUCCCUCUCUCCCAUCUCCCUCUCCUCAGCCCUUGGAGUUCUUUUGCAUGGCGAGUUGGCACCUGACAUCGCAGCGGGCGACCGUGUAGUUUUCCGAUCCUAUGUUAGCUCUUUCCCAGGUACUCCGUAGGGAUUCCUUGGCAGAUACCACAGAGCACAGCCCCUGGCAACAGGUUUGCACUACAUUUGUAUCUCGUGUUCCCAGUGUUUUACCAGGAAGACAAUGUCCAGUCUCCCUCCUCCCCCUCCCAUCCCCAUUGCAUCUGGUUAUGCUAUAAAAGUAAGACGUGUGUGCCGUGAAUUAAGCCGUUUAGUGCAUUGUGUCUUUUAUUUUUCUUUCAAAUUUUUAUAUUGUUUGUAUUGGAACAGAUUUUUCAUCUCUAUGGCAACUGUGUUGUAUACUUCAGACUGGCUUCUGUUGUUUUCGACUUAUAUUAAAGCAAAUCGUCUGAAAGAUGGUUAAGGGUGGCCCUUAGGGAUUUGUGCUUUUGCAAAGGAAAGAAGGACAAAUAUUGAAAUACCCUGAUGAGAGCUUGGAAUCUCAAGGCUUGGUAUUAGUGAAACCACUUUGGACCUGUUGCAACAAAGUGAAAGUAGGUCAAUAUUAUCGCUUGCUAAUAUUAUCUGCAAUGAGUGGAAGUACUAUGUUGACAUGCACCUACAAUUCAAACUGCAAUGAGAGUGGUAAACUGCUGCAUACAUAAUUUACUGUAGUAUAUAUCUAAAUUAGAUUACAGAGAAAGAAUGGGAAUUGGAAAUGGAAAGAUGUGAAACUUUGUGGAAUUUUGGAAACUUCAACCAGGUAUCAGUGAAUUUACUAGACUUACCCAGUGACAACUGUACUGGCCGAAAAUGCAGAUUGAAGAAAACGCAUGCAGGUAUAUUUAAUGUUAAAAAUUGAAUAAUUAUAAUUUACCUGACAUUAUCAAUGCCAACACUGAAAUUGACAUUUUUCCACAUUUUUCCACAUUAUUAAUACUGUAUUUUGUAUUAAUGGCAAAGAAGAUGGUGUUAUGCUUAGAUGUGCCGGGUCAAGUAAACAUAUAGUGCCAUGGAUAUUACCCUUGGAAACUGCAAAGAAACUUAAAAUUUCUAGGAGCUGUGUUCAGUACACACUCAGAAGUUACCAGCUGAUGGGCAGUAAUGUUAACAGGACAAGACCAGGAAGAUCAAGAGGCAGUAGAUAAAUAUCUUGUGUCUAGCAAAAGAAAGCAUUGCAAAAUUGCACUACGACUACAGGGAGAACUGAAUGCAGCUAGAGAGAAGCCAGUUCCAGACUACAGUGAAACGGCAACUAUGAUCUGUUGGUCUAAAAGAAUAUGCAUCUGCCAUUUUUCAAUCUUUGAUGGUCUUCUCCUGCUAACAUUACUGCCCACCAGCUGGAACCUUCUGAGUGUGUACUGAACACUGCACCUGAAAAUCUUAAGAUUCUUUCCAAUUUCUCACUGGGAAUAACCUUCUUGCCACAAUGUUUAUUUUGCCCCAAAUAUCUAAGCCUGACUCCCCCUUCUUUGCCACAUUUCUUGCAACUUUAGUGCCAAUUUUCCUUUCACUACAGGCUGAAAGUAUUAGGCUACCUGGGGUUUUUAAAAAAAGCUUAUGGCAUGUAAGAUUUCACUCAAUUUAAUGUCUCCUCUACCUCCCACUUUGCAUAAAGAUUGGAUAGACUUCCAAUAAUAAAUUUAAUUGUACUUAAAGCCAAAUGAGGCUAUUUCGAGGGAAGUAAGGUCUAAGAUUAUUUUUAAGUAAAAGUUAUCUUUUUGUGUUAUUGCAGGUAGAACUGGAAAAACAUACUUUAGUUUGUUAUUCAGUAAAUGUGCAUAUAUAAACUGAAUUCUUCUCAACCUAAAGUUUUUUUUUUUAACUACGAGUGGCCUAAUACUUUUGGUCUGUACUGUAUAUGUAAAAGAUGCUAAUCACCACAUCUUUGAUUAAAUUAGUUUUUCAAAGAUAUGGACACAGUGCAUUUUUUGUUUAGAUUGAAUAGACCUUUGUGCAAGAAUGCAGCUACAGGCUUCCAGCUCCAUCAGAACAUUUUUCCAUUGCAAAUUGAAUUCAUGUGGUGUGCAAUAAUUAAUUUGCAAAUAAUAAAUUAUGAAUGAAUGCUUCAGCCCCAACUCCAUGCGAAGUCAACUGCAUUUGUUCAAACAGGGCCCAAAAACAUGCUUACUGCCCUGCAUCUUAAAUAAAGUGCAGGUAUGACAUUUGGUAAAAGUACAUCUUGUGUAUUAUCCUGUCCACCUCACUUUCUCAUCUUGUCAAAUAUUGUAUACUCAUGUAAUGGUUUUAUACUCAUAUUAUUUUAACUCUGCGCCAUACAAAAAUGCCUGUCACUAUUGCUUAUUAACCGAGGUCAGCCGUUGUUGUCUUCCUGCUGCUAUGCUGUAAAUUCAUUAGUUAGUUUAAUUCAUAAUUUCACUUGUGGAAAUUGAGCAUGCUGUGGAUACGUUGACGUCUGUGAUUGUGUACACUACCCAGUGUGGCCCCAGUGACAGCACAUUGUGAAUAGGGUCUAUGUUCUCUACACAAGAGAAUGUCUACUUUUAACGGACAGCUGUUGUUGACACUGCUUUUGUUGAGGGCGAUAUGCUAAUGAAUACCUUUGCUUGCAUUUUGAAUGCAGGACCCAGGCUCACACAAGAUAGGCUCGCCGAGCGAGUAUCUUAGACAUAUAUUAUUUCUGUGAGAUUGGGGUUAAAGGAAUGGUUGUUGAAAUAUGGAUGUACAAUUUUUAGAUGUUAGAUCUUGAAAAAUCCAUCCAAUCUGCCUUGCAAAUUAAGCAUUCAAGCUGCACAUACGUAUUUGGACAGUGACACUUUUUUGUUGUUGUUUUAGCUCUGCUCCAGCACAUUGGAGUUGAAAUAAUGAAUAUGAGGCUUAAGUACAGACUGUCAGAUUUUAUUUGAGGGUGUGUACAUUCAUAUAGGACGAUCUGUGUUGGAAUAUACAGUCCCUUUUAUACAUAGUCCCCCCAUUUUGGGGGACCGAAAGUAAUUGGACACUUGGGUGUUUGGUGUUUGCUGUUUGGCCAGCAUGCUGGAGUACAGAGCUGAAAUAACAAAAAUUGUGUCACUGUCCAAAUAUUGUUUUGACUGUCACGUUAUUUUCCCAUAUGAAUGUCAUCCACUUGAUCAGUUUGUUGAGUCUGUGCUGAUAAUGGGAUUCUUUAAUGUAACUUGUUAGAUUAUUAAGAGGACUAAGAGGGAUUUGUCAUAUACUUUUCCACGCUUCCACACACAAAGUGAGAUGCCACUCAGAUUACAUUGCAUGACAACACUGACAAACGCCAAUUCAGGCAGCGUUACUCACCCUUUGCUAUCAAAUAUAAUCAAACACAGGAAAGCAAAACAGCUUGCUUGUGCCCCACGAUACCACUUGAAUUGUUACGUGUAGAAAUUCUAGAAGAAUAGAAGUCCCUAGGUUUACAAAUGAGUUUUUAAUCCAAGCAGAGUUUACUGCUGAAGUGGACUUACUGUUUUGGGAUUUACCGAUGAUCGUUAAAUGUUGUGUUGAGUGUAACAAAGAACAAUAGCUAGUGCUAAGCAUAGUGCUAUACUACUAUGGUACAUCCCUUAUUUCGUUGGUUCUUAUCAUUUUAAGCACGAUCAUUAUUCUUUUUAAAGCUGGCUUUAUUGCAUGCAUACAUGUUUUAUAACAACUUGAACAAGACUGCUGGAACAGCUUAUUUUUAAAGUUUGCCAUAUCAUUUUUUACAGAUCUUUUUUUUUUAAAAAAACAUUGUAUGUCUUUUUCUGUUAAACCAAAGAAUGACUAAAAUGGUGCUUUCCAUCCUCCAAAUUGUACAGAACUCUUUCAUUUGUUAAUGGUCAAUGUUCCUCCUCUUGAAAUAAAGUAAAACUAUCAUCAUG